AUGGCAAAGAAGAAACUAAAUUCAACAAUAAAGCGCAGCCGGACACGUUCUGGUUGCGUUACCUGUCGAGAUAGACAUAUAAAAUGCGAUGAACAACAACCUGUUUGCAAAAACUGUCAAAAAUCAAAUCGGAAAUGUUAUCGAGGAAUAAGGUUAAACUUUACACAAUAUACUUUUUACAACCCUGAUGAUAAUAAGCCAAAAGAAUUGCAACAAAAUGAACAGCCAAAUAGUAGUCAUUAUGCAUUUCCCAAUCUAGAGCCAAAUCCAGUAUCACAAAAACAUAGGAUAUUAGACCAAUCAAUAACCAUUGCCUCAUUAUAUGAUGAUUUGAAAAAGUAUAAGCCAUAUAUUCAUUUACAUACACCAGAAGAUUUAAGGGAGUCGGACUUACAAUUCCAAGAAGACACAUACAAUUCGUAUAUAUCCACAUCUGCAAUAAAUUUACGGGGAAAAAAAUUGACUAAAAGAGAUCCGGGGUUGUCUACUUCAUUGUCAGUUAUUAAUCCCACAUUGGAAUCUGAAAUUAAACCGAACCCGGUGAUAUUGAAUCAAUUGAGUUUCCACCCCCCACCAAAUCUUAAUACUGGAGUUUUGUAUCCACCAACCGCAACAGCAGCAACAACAACAACAUCAAGUCCUACUAAUCAUCAUUUACAUCCCUAUUUUGUCAGUCUGAUACCAAAUCCACAACAUCAUCCAAUGCUAGACACUUCUCAACAUCAAGAGACUACAUCAACAGACCCUAAUCAAUUCGAUUAUUCCCAUCUAUCAAUGCCUCAAUCCACACCCUUGCUAAUGAAAUACGAUAUCACCACCUAUGUAAGGUUAAUUGAAACAGAAAAGUAUUACAUGCUAUUGGAUCUUGCCAAUGAAUUAGAUAUUUGGAAAAAAAUUAUACCGUCAUUGUGUUUGCAAAUUUCCGAGAAUGAUUCAUUCUUGUUAGAUUGUUUGAUGAGCUGUUCUCGUAAUACAUCUGUUAACCUUUUGGACUUGACUAAUGAACAAUUGAAUAAGUGGUCGCAAUUGAAAAAUGCUCCCGUGAUAUCAGAAAGAAUUCAACAAUUUGAACAUAUACUAAUAAGUAUUGUAUUAAUUUUACUUGGAUUAUAUUUGAAUACGACUAAAGUUCGACUAACUGAUUAUCAUAAGGUGAUUUUCAAUAAUCAAGCCAAAUUGUUUUCCCACGUAUUGCGCAAGAUCCAUACAUUUAUCACAUCAAAUAAACCCAAUUCGGCAGUAUUGACAAAUGCCAUUCAAUCAAUUACUAUGCUCAAAUUUUUCAUAGAUAAAAAUUAUGACUUCUCAUAUGAAUUUAAAAAUAUCCAGAAGGGAAGAGUUACUGAUACACUGGAGGAAAUCACGUAUUCUAAUUCGAAUUUAUAUUCCAACCCGGAUAUAUCCUAUAUUUCUACAUUCAACGAAUACGAGAUUAUCUACUUGAAUAAUUCGUAUCAGAAUCUUGUUCACGUUGAUCAAAGCAAUAGUAUGCUGAUGGGCGAAUCUCAAUUAUACAAAGAUCUAUUGUGGUAUUUGAUGAAAGUUGAUUUUGUCAUUAAUUAUCCAGAAGCUGCCAACAAUUUGGUUCUUGAUCAUAAUGUUGUUUAUCAACAAAUUACUAAUGCAUCGACUGAUUUGAGUUUCAGUAAUAACUUGAAUUAUUUGAACCCAAGAUCAUAUGCAAAUUAUUUUUUGAAAGAAUUUAUUAUCAAAGUAUUGAGUAUGGGUAGCAAUGCCAUCAUUGAAGAUGCCAAUAAUCGAAUAAAUACUCUAUUUAAUUUUAUUGAUCAAAGCUAUAUGGACCCAGAACUAAAAUCACAAUUUCAUCAUUGCUUUACCUGGACUGUACGCUACAUUCACCCAGUAAGUGAUUAA